AAUCACCUGAAAAGCAUGCGAAGCAUACUUGGUGGUGGUGGAGCUUCUCUUCGUGUCCUCAGUUUCCUCUGUUACUCUUCUCCCUCCAAAUCAACCAAACCAUCGCCUUCCUUUCUCCGUCCCAUUGCCACGAUGGCUUCUUCCGUCGAAGAGUUUGUGAAGGGCAGCGUUCAUCCGAACGGUGUCGCCGUUAUCACCCUUGAUCGCCCCAAAGCCCUCAACGCCAUGAAUCUAGAUAUGGAUUUAAGAUUUAAGAGUUACCUUGAUGAAUGGGAAACGGAUCCCGGAGUUAAAUGUGUUCUUGUCGACAGCAGCUCUUCUCGUGCCUUCUCUGCAGGAAUGGAUAUCAAAGGCGUUGCCGCUGAAAUCCAAAAGGACAGAGGCACUCCUCUGGUGCCGAAGGUGUUUGCUGCUGAGUAUUCUUUGAUUUGCAAAAUUUCUGAGUACAAGAAGCCAUAUAUAAGUCUCAUGGAUGGUGUAACAAUGGGUUUUGGAAUUGGUCUAUCUGGUCAUGGCCGCUUUCGAAUUAUAACAGAGAGAACUCUUCUUGCAAUGCCAGAAAAUGGAAUUGGCUUGUUUCCAGAUGUAGGUUUUGCUUAUAUAGCAGCACAAAGUCCAGGAGGAGGAUCUGUUGGUGCUUAUCUUGGAUUGACUGGAAAAAGGAUAUCUACUCCUUCAGAUGCUAUAUAUGUUGGAAUAGGAACACAUUAUGUGCCAUCUGGAAAGUUAGGUUUAUUCAAGGAGGCCCUUUUGGGAGCUACCUUUUCUGAGGACCCGCAUCAGGACAUCAUAUUACUAUUAGCCAGAUAUGAGUCCAACCCUGAGUCUGAGGCACAGUUGAAGCAGCUUUUACCUGAAAUAAUUUCAUCAUUCGGAUCAAAUAAAUCAGUUACUGAGACUAUUGAAGAGCUUAAAAAGCACCAAUCAAGUGAUGAUCCUACUGUUGUGGAGUGGGCUAAUGAAGCCCUCCAAGGGCUAGGAAAAGGUGCGCCUUUUUCACUUAGCUUGACACAGAAGCACUUCUCUGGAGUGGCCUCUGCACUAGGACAAAAUGAUAAUGAGUUAUCCACGCUACAUGGUGUUAUGAAACGUGAGUAUCGCAUUGCCUUGAGGUCUGCACUUCGACCUGAUUUUAUGGAAGGUGUUAGAGCUGUGUUGGUGGACAAGGAUCAGAACCCCAAAUGGAAACCGUCGAGUUUGGAGGAAGUGGAUGAGAAAGAAGUUGAAGCCGUGUUUGAACCGCUGGGAGCAGAGGUUGGUGAGCUGAGUUUGUAAUGUGUGGGUGGGGAUAUGCACUUUUCUCUCCAUUUACAAAAUCGAUCAACGUGAUCCAAUAAGCAGGCGGGUUGUUAUUUUUCUCUUUUUGCUACACAUUUUUUCUUGCUCUGCCCUCACCUUGGAUGAUAAACAUGGGUUGGAUGAUAUAGGAUUAAAGUUGUUUUGUUAGUGGAAGAAUGAAAGUUGAAGCCUGUUUUCUCAUC